AUGGGUAAUGGUGCAAAGUUUCGUAUUUCAUUGUUUGAUGGAAAAAUGAAUUUUUCGGUGUGGAGGAGCACCGUAAAAGACUUGUUGGUGCAACUAAGUAUUCAUGAUGCUCUUGAGAAGAGCAAGCCCACAACAAUGGAUGAAGGAAAGUGGGUGGCCAUGAAGAAGAAGGCGGUGAGCACUAUUAGGCUUGCUAUUGCACCCGAAAUAAAGUACAACUACUUAAUGAAGACUGACCCCAGUGUGUUGUUGGAGAAACUUCAAGCGCAAAUGGGUGUUUAUAGUAGUUGUAAAGUUGUGGUAAUAGUAGUUGUAACGUUUGAAGGAUUUGGGCUUAGCCUUGGUGGUGUAGGGGUUGGCCUAGGUGUUGGUCUAGGAUUAGGACUCGGUGGUUCGGGAUCUGGAUCUGGUGCUGGAGCCAGGUCUGGAUCUGGUGGGUCUUCAAGCUCAAGCUCUUCAUCUAGCUCGAGCUCGAGCUUAGGUGGUGGUGGUGGUGGUGGAGGGGCAGGCUUCUAUGUUAGUGACUAA